AUGAAUAAUUAAAAUAACCAAUUAAACUUCUCACAAUUAGGCCUGGAACAACUCAAUAUCAAGCACCUGAAAUUGUAUUAAAUAAACAAGAUUACUCAUUUGGUAUAGAUGUUUGGUCUCUUGGUUGUGUAUUUUAUGAAUUUUUUUCAAAUGAACAUUAUUUCCAGGUUAUUAUAUUUAUAUAAAUUUAAGGAGAAAAAAAUAAAGAAGUAGCGAACUAGAUUUUAAAUUGUAAAUCAAAUUCAAAUUAUUUGACUGGGAAAGCCAAUUAAUUAUAAAUAUAUGA